AUGACUCUUUACUACAGUCUUGUCUUCCUUCUGUUGGUGUUUGAGAUGGCGGUCUUCUUGGCCCUCAUCGUCCCUCUGCCAUUCACCAUCAAGCGCAAGCUUUUCGCUUUCAUUUCGGAAAGUCCAAUUAUAGCAAAGCUUCAAUAUGGUUUAAAGAUCACCUUCAUCUUCAUCUUAAUCCUGUUCAUCGACAGUGUCAACCGGGUCUACCGGGUGCAGCAGGAGCUCGCAGCCUUCGCUAAGGAUGGCUCUGCCGUUAGCGCUGCCCACCUUGGUACCGAUCGCAUGGAGGUUCAGGCCCGCAAGUUCUACUCGCAGCGCAACAUGUACCUCUGCGGCUUCACUCUUUUCCUCUCUCUGAUUCUCAACCGUACCUACAUGAUGAUCCUGGAAGUCCUGCGUCUGGAAGACCGCGUCAAGUUGCUGGAGGGCAACAAGAGCGCCGGUGGAAAGGACUCUGCUCGCAUCGCCGAGGCGGGAUCGCUGGGAGAGAUCGGUUCGCUGAAGAAGCAGCUGGCCGAGAAGGACCGCGACAUUGAGACUCUGAAGAAGCAGUGCGAGAAUCUGACUCAAGAGUACCACCGCCUUGGUGACGAGGUCUCCACCAGCAAGAGCGACAAGACCGAGAAGAAGGACAUGUAA